AUGCAUGAGUUAGAUACAAUUUUAAGUACUCUACGUUUGGAGGCUGAUCCGGAGUUGUCUACUUUGUUCUAUCAAUUUGAAGAGCUUUACGAGAAGAAAUUGUGGCACCAGUUGACUCAAUCUUUGAUUCAAUUUUUCCAUGAUCCAAAAUCUGUUUCUUUGAGAUUGAGGGUCUACGAUACAUUCAUUAAUAAGUUCAUUGAUAAGAUCAAUCAAUUGAGCGUAGUUGAUUUCUUAUUACUCUCUUUGAAAGCCACUGAAGAUAGCGAAGAGGCUCUAAGAUAUUUGAAUGAAUUAAUUCUAGAAUUCGAACAAAUCGAUUCCAAGAAACAAAGAAAUGACGGUUUGAGAUCCCAUGAUUUUGGUGUGUUUUUAAUUAAAAUAGAAAUUGCAAGGAUUUAUUUACAUCAAAAUGAGCUGAUCAAAUCAAAAGAUGUGUUAAUUGAUAUCUCAAACAAAUUGGAAUCAAAUGAGUCCGUUCCUUUAAGGGUAACAAGUGCUUUUUAUGACGUUAAUGCAGAAUAUUAUAGAUUGAAAAAAGAUUUUAAUUCAUAUUAUUAUACAAGUUUAUUAUACUUAUCAACGUUAGAUAUGUUCAACAAUGGUGGCUCCACAAAUAUUACAGUCUCUAAUACCGACGAGGAUAUGAAGAAUUUCGCUUAUAAUUUAUCCAUUGGUGCACUAUUAGGUGAUAAAAUUUAUAAUUUUGGUGAACUCUUAAAUCAUCCAAUAAUGAAAUAUUUGGUCACCGAUUCAAAAUAUGAAUGGUUGUUACAACUGUUGAAUUCUUUAACUAAUGGUGAUUUCAAUCAAUUUGAUAAAAUAGUUACGGUACAAAUCAAAAAAAAUAAAAUACUGGCAGAACAUGAAUCAUUUUUAAGACAAAAAAUUUGUUUGAUGACUUUAAUUGAAAUUGUCUUCGAAAAAAAUAUAAGAACGAUAUCAUUCGACGAUAUAGUCGAAGCUACUCAUUUACCAAAGGAUAACGUGGAACAUUUAGUUAUGAAAGCUAUAAGUUUAGGUUUAUUAAAGGGUUCGAUCGAUCAAAUAGUUGAACUAGUUACAAUCACAUGGGUUCAACCAAGGAUUAUCAACGUGGAACAAAUCAAUAAUAUGAACCAAAGAUUGGUGGAAUGGGAUGAACAGGUAAAACUUCUAGGUGAAAAAAUUGAACUUCAAGGUAAAUCCAUAUGGGUUUAG